GCUCGCGUCCAUCAUGGAGAGUCCCAGUCGGGUCUUCGCCGCGAUUUUACCGGCUGAUAAGGAGCAGGGGCUGGAGGUUAGAACAGCCGGCAGAGAUAGACCGAGUUACCGGCCCAGGGAGCUCCAGGUGACCGGCACGGCGGAGGCCUCCUGCCCGGCGGACCGAGCGUCGCUGCGGGUCGGUGUGAGCAGCAGCAAGGAGUCGGUGAGCGAGGCGAGCGGCAGCGUUUCACGGAGGCUCGAGUAUAUUUUACAGGCUCUCAGACAACACGGCAUCGGGGACGACGACACAUCAGUGAGGAGGUUCCUCCACCGAGAAGCAGAGCUGUACUGCAUGGAUGCAGAGGUGACGGUUACGUUCUCAGAUUUUGAGAAGAUGGAGCGAGUUUGUAGCAUCCUGCUGGAAAAGCUGGACAGGAGCGUUUGUGUUGGGACGCCACAGUUCUACCACAGCGCUGAAUGUCUCAGUCGGAUGAGGCAGCGUGCUUGUGUGUCAGCCGUCGAAAACGCUCAACAAAAGGCGGGAAAAGUCAGCCAGCUGCUCGGGCAAAGUCUGGGCUCUCCGCUGAACGUUAGAGAGGAAGAAACCAAGGAGUGGAGGACCGAGGAUGAGGAGGACGGAGGCGGGAGGCAGCGUUCUCACUUUCCACACAUACCGACGAUCACGGCUUCCUCUCAGGUGUCCGUGUCCUUCUGCCUCAGAGACAGAAGCAGGAAGAAGCUCUCUUGAACCAGGGAGUGGAUUGUUUCAAACACUUUAUUGCAUAUUGGUAAUGCUUAAAUAUAAGGUGCUAUUUUCAUCCAACACACAAAGUCCGUUUUAAGCAUUUCCUGUCAUUAUUUAAGUACAUUCCCACUCAUUCAAGUUUGUCUUUUAAAAUCAUAAAAACAGAUUUAAAUUAAAGUUUUUUAUAUAUAAAUAUUUUUGAGCCUUUAUUUAUUAAAAUACUGUAAAUUUGUGCAUCUCAAAUGAGCUUCAUUGUUAUCUUCAUUCUCCAAAUCCCCAAAAGAAACCGUCACACUGAGUUCCAGCAAAGAGAAACUGGAUCAUUUUCCUUGAUCUGCACAAAUUUUGGCACUUAAAGCUACCAAACUGUUCCUGAGGAAAACCUUUUGCAUCCACUAGAUUCCAGUAGGUUGCACAAAAAAA